GGGUUCUCUCGCGAUACACCCACUUGAAGGGGCGUGGCAGGAAGUCCUAUCUACGCUUGUGUAAUAGGUGCGGUGGAAGUGAUGGCUUCUCUGGGUUUAGGUUCUGUGUGUGGCGUUUGCGAAGAGGAACCGAAGUACCGCUGCCCCGCCUGCCGCGUCCCGUACUGCUCCGUUCCCUGCUACAAGAAGCACAAAGAGCAAUGCAUCUCCAAACCCCCACCUGUUAUGAAAAAUGGAGAUUUGGGCAAUCAUUUUGUGAAAACAAAGUUUUUGGAGGACAAAGAAUUUCCUGGGGGGCAUGCCAUCUGCAUUUGCUCUUUUCACACUCUACAUUCAUUGAUUUGUUCCAUCCUCUCUUGUAGAAGGUAAUGAUUGGUGUGUAGCAGAUAUCCUAGAUAGUGAUGACGAAAAAGAUAGAGUCUCCAUUUGGAAACUGAAGGAUCUGGGGGACUCGAAAGAAUUAAGA